AUGCCCGCACAUGCGCCUUCUCCUAAUCAAGAUUCUUCUGGCCGUCAGCAGAUACCAUCAUUCGCAGACAUUCAAUCAUGCACUCUCGAGAAAUUUGGCAUCAAGCCCUGUUUAUGGCAGGUCAAAGUUGCCCAGGCUUUGCUCAAAGGGGACCGGGAUGUCAUUUGCACGGCAGGCACAGGGAUGGGUACAACACUUGGGUUCUGGUUGCCUUUGCUGUUCUGUGACGGCGGUAUUCAAAUAAUUGUGACCCCUCUGAAUAUGCUAGGCAAGCAAAAUGCAGCGUCACUGGCCAAGGCUGGCAUACGAGGAAUAUCCAUUGAUGGCAAGACCGCUACACACGCGAAUUUCUUGUCCAUCACGGCGCUGAAGUAUCGUGCGAUCGCCGUCAGCCCCGAGCAGAUCAUGAAACCAGAUGGUCCCUUUGAGAAGCUGCUAAAAAAUGCGCUGUUUGCUUCAUGGCUCAUUAGCAUUAUAAUCGACGAGUCACACUGUCUUACCGAUUGGGGAGAGUUUCGUCCUGAAUACAAAGAACUUGGACGACUUCGAUACAUUCUGCCAUCAAUGGUACCCAUCAUGCUCGCGUCGGCGACACUCACAAAACACUCACUUUCAAAUGCGAUCCGACUUUUGCACAUGCACGCCGACAAGUUGACCUUCAUCCGUCGUUCAACGGACCGUCCAAACAUCAAGAUCGGGGUAAGGAAAAUUAAGUACGCACUUAAUAGUUACGCGGACCUUGCGUUCUUGAUCCCAGAAGGCUGGAAUGCCGGCGAUCCGCCCCCGCCAAAAUUUCUCAUCUUUUUCGAUGACAUCCAGGAUGCCAUCAAUUCAGCGCGGUACCUUCGCAAGCGUCUACCAGUCGAGUGCAGCAACAAGAUUAAAUGGUUCAAUUCUGAUAUGACAAGCACUUACAAAGAAAAGGAACUUGACAACCUCGUAUCCAGUGAAACGUGGGGACUCUGUACGACUGAUUCAUUCGGGAUGGGCAUGGACGUUCCCAAUAUUCAGCUUCGUUUCGGACGAGCAGCGCGCAACAAGAAUCAGUUAGGGACCGCCUCACUGUUUGCGGAGAAAGAGCACUUCGACAACGAGCGACAUGCGAAAUCUAUCAGAAAGGCACAGCGCGAAAACACUCGUAAACGGAAAGCCGUUGACUCACCAGCCAUGCUACACCCUGCCAAGCGCCAUGCUGCGAUUCUAUCAGAUCCUGGGGGUCCUUCUAUUAGUACUGUUGUGACUUCGCACGAUGGGAACAAUGAACGGCUCGGAGAUGAAUCUGAUGGGGAUAAAUCAGAUGACAAUGAACCCGAUGGAAACACGCUGGUAGCUGGGAGUGUGCAGGAAUUGAAAGGAGCAAUGGCGAGUGUAGAACAGGCAAGGAAAAAUAUUGGACGGCCUGAAAAGCGGAAGAAGAGAUAA